CUCUCUCUUCAUUUUACGUUGAGCAAGCGUUUGUUAGCGUGUUUAUUUAGCUUAUUGUAAGAAAAAAUAGUGAAAAUGCCGGUUUUGGAAGCAAAUAAUCCAAAUCCGGACGAUCCCGGACCGAUAAAUCCAGUGGUGGGUAUUAUUUAUCCACCACCAGAGGUGAGAAAUAUCGUCGAUAAAACAGCCAGUUUUGUGGCCAGAAACGGGCCAGAAUUUGAGGCCAGGAUCAGACAGAACGAAUUAGGGAAUCCGAAAUUUAAUUUCCUGAAUCCUGGUGACCCCUACCAUGCGUAUUAUCAGCACAAAGUCAACGAUUUUCGAGAGGGGAAAGGUCAAGAACCGACCCAAACCCUUCCUGCCGCCAUAUCGAAACUAUCGGUCACCGCAGCGGCCCAACAAAAACAACAGGAGAUAUUAAAACAAGUAGAACAACCCUUCGUUCCUAAAGACCCACCACCAGAAUUUGAAUUCAUCGCCGAUCCUCCGUCAAUUUCGGCUUUAGAUUUGGAUAUUGUAAAACUCACUGCACAAUUUGUGGCCCGUAAUGGUCGCCAGUUUUUGACUCAGUUGAUGAAUCGCGAACAGCGCAACUUUCAAUUCGAUUUUCUCCGCCCUCAACACUCUUUGUUUCAAUAUUUUACCAAGUUGUUAGAACAGUAUACAAAGGUUUUGAUUCCGCCGAAAAGCAUGCAACAGAGACUUCGAGACGAAGCCCGAAGUGCUAAAGCUGUCCUAGAACAGGUGAAAUACAGAGCGGAAUGGUUGCGAUACCAAGAGCAACAGAAAGCCAAACAGGAGGAGAUUUUGGAGCGAGAGCGAGUGGCUUAUGCCCAAAUUGAUUGGCAUGACUUUGUAGUUGUCGAAACUGUUGAUUACCAACCCUUCGAAAUUGGAAACUUCCCCCCGCCUACAACCCCCGAAGAAGUCGGUGCGCGUCUUCUAAUCCAGGAGCGAUUUGAAGAAGGCGAAGAUAUCGAAAUGCAACUGGAAAGCGACGAAGAAGAAGCACAACCCGUUGAUGAAGGUUUGAGUACAAUGCAGGAUCGCACGGGUCAACGUAAAGACGACAAUCGCGUGCAAGACAUGGAGGAGGAAAGUUCCGACGAAGAAGGCGAUGAUAAACAAUCGAACCAACCAAGCAUCCAACCCCCACUACCACCCGUUCCUGAUAAAGUCGUCGUGAAGAAAUACGAUCCCAAGCAGGCUGUGAAAGUGACAAGGCCUACUGUUGGUGAUGAUUAUCUCAUUUCGCCAAUCACCGGUGAGAAAAUCCCAGCGAGUAAAGUGCAAGAGCAUAUGAGGAUUGGCCUUCUUGAUCCAAGAUGGGUCGAACAAAGGGAUAAACAAGUGACGGAUAAAAUGAAUCAAGAGACGGUGUAUGCUGGUGGUACCGCGAUUGAUGCAAGUUUGAAACUUUUGGCUGAACGUCGUACCGAUAUUUUCGGUGUCGGCGAUGAGGAAACAGCGAUUGGUAAGAAAAUAGGCGAGGAAGAUGUAAGGAAGGAUGAGAAAGUUACUUGGGAUGGACAUACAUCGAGUGUGGAAGCGGCAACAAGGGCCGCAAGGGCUAAUAUCACGCUGGAGGAGCAAAUCCAUCAAAUACAUAAGGUGAAAGGGCUAUUGCCGGACGAGGAGAAAGAGAAGAUCGGUCCGAAAAACGUGGUUGGUAGCAAAGCCCAGGCUAAAGUUAGCGCUGCGGCCGCUGCCGCUGCUAUAAUCUCUGCGAAACCUCUCGCAAAUCCAAACCCGCCGGUUAAAACCACACCGGUAUCAGCAGUUAUGCAAACACAAACUCAAACCAUCGUUCAGGUUCCACAGCAAGCCACGAUGCUACAACAGACGUCCAUUAUGAUGAUGCCAGCGCCGCCUAUGGCUCCUAUGCGGCCACCACCACUCAUGAUGGCAGCACCUCCACCCAUGGCCGGUUUUGUCACACCCAUGGCCCAGAUGCCACCCAUGGGCGGAAUGCCGGUCAAACAUCCAAGUGAGACGCAACCGGAAGAAGAACCGUCGAAUAAAAAAAUGCGAAAUGAGGAUUCACUCAUCCCUGAAGAAGUUUUCUUAUCACGCAAUCCGAAUCCUGUUUCGAUUAAAAUCGCCAUUCCGGUGGUUCCCGAAAAGACAGAAUGGAAAUUGACGGGACAAAUGAUGGCGUUGAAUGUCCCACUUUCCGAAAGUGUUUCUUCAAUCAAAUCGAAAAUACAGGAAGAGACCAAUAUGCCUCCGGCGAAACAAAAAUUAUUUUAUGAUGGCAUGUUUUUCAAGGAUUCAAACACGCUUGCUUACUAUAAUAUCAUCACGGGGGCUGUAAUACAACUACAAGUGAAGGAAAGAGGUGGUCGCAAAAAAUAAAGUGUAUUUAAUCAAGAAUUCAAAUAAAUUAUCACUAGAAUGGUAUAUUUAUUACGUA